GGAGGAGACUGAUUUACAAGGCAGAUGGGCUCCUGGCUGAGGGCCUCGGCUCUGCACCCAGCCACGCCAUCCCGUGGACUAUAAGAGCUCCCAGACUUCCGGACUAGCUCAAGAAGGCGGGUGCCAUGUGAGCCCAGCUUGGCUCCCCCCCCUUCCUUCCUCCUGCCCUCCUGUGCCAGCCAAGCUUCUCCAAAGAGGGACACUUGGCACCAUGUCUCUGCUCAACCCUGUCCUGCUGCCCCCAGAGGUGAAGGCCUAUCUGAGGCAAGGCGAACGCUUCAUCAAGUGGGACGAUGAAACUACAAUAGCCUCCCCGGUUAUUCUCCGAGUGGAUCCCAAGGGCUACUACUUGUACUGGACAUAUCAGAGCAAGGAGAUGGAGUUUCUAGAUAUCACCAGCAUCCGAGAUACUCGCUUUGGGAAAUUUGCCAAGAUACCCAAGAGCCAGAAGCUCCGGGAUGUUUUCAACAUGGACUUUCCUGACAACAACUUCCUGCUGAAGACGUUCACUGUGGUGUCCGGCCCCGACAUGGUGGACUUGACCUUCCACAACUUUGUCUCCUACAAGGAGAAUGUGGGCAAGGACUGGGCUGAGGAUGUGCUGGCCUUGGUUAAGCAUCCACUGACGACCAACGCGUCCCGCAGCACCUUUCUGGACAAGAUCCUGGUGAAGCUCAAGAUGCAGCUCAACACGGAAGGGAAGAUUCCUGUGAAGAAUUUUUUUCAGCUGUUUCCUGCUGACCGGAAGAGGGUGGAAGCGGCUCUCAGUGCCUGCCACCUUGCGAAAGGAAAGAAUGAUGCCAUUAAUCCGGAGGACUUCCCAGAAUCUGUCUACAAGAGUUUCCUCAUGAGCCUCUGUCCUCGACCAGAAAUAGAUGAGAUUUUCACUUCCUAUCAUGCCAAGGCUAAGCCCUACAUGACCAAGGAGCAUCUAACCAAGUUUAUCAACCAGAAACAGAGGGACCCACGGCUCAACACCCUGCUGUUCCCACCCGCACGGCCUGACCAAGUGCAGGGCCUCAUUGAGAAGUACGAACCCAGUGGCAUCAACGUGCAGAGGGGUCAACUGUCACCUGAGGGCAUGGUCUGGUUUCUCUGUGGGCCAGAGAACAGCGUGCUGGCCCAUGACAAGCUGCUGCUUCACCAUGACAUGACACAGCCACUCAAUCAUUACUUCAUCAACUCCUCACACAACACCUACCUGACAGGCAGCCAGUUCUCAGGCCUCUCCUCCGCUGAGAUGUACCGUCAGGUGCUGCUGUCGGGCUGUCGCUGUGUGGAGCUGGACUGCUGGAAGGGGAAGCCCCCUGAUGAGGAGCCCAUCAUAACGCAUGGCUUCACCAUGACCACAGACAUCUUCUUCAAGGAAGCCAUCGAAGCUAUUGCAGAAAGUGCCUUCAAGACUUCCCCUUAUCCCGUUAUCCUGUCAUUUGAAAACCAUGUGGACUCACCCCGACAACAGGCUAAGAUGGCCGAGUACUGCCGGACGAUGUUUGGGGACAUGCUGCUCACAGAACCCCUGGACAAGUUUCCGCUAAAGCCAGGCACCCCUCUGCCCAGUCCUGAGGACCUCCGGGGCAAGAUCCUCAUAAAGAACAAGAAAAACCAGUUUUCCGGUCCAAUAUCCCCCAGCAAGGAGCCUAGUGGAGAGGCUGAGGGCAGCUGCCCACUCAAAGUGCAGGAGGACACAGUGUGGACUGGCGAGGAAGGAGCUGAACUGGAGGAGGAAGAGGUCGGUGAGGAUGAGGAGGAGUCUGGAAGCCUGGAUGAAGAAGAGAUAAAGAAGAUGCAGUCAGAUGAGGGCACAGCAGGGCUGGAGGUUACAGCUUACGAAGAGAUGUCCAGCUUAGUCAAUUACAUCCAGCCCACCAAGUUCAUUUCCUUUGAGUUCUCUGCACAGAAGAACCGCAGCUAUGUCAUCUCCUCCUUCACCGAGCUCAAGGCUUACGACCUGCUUUCCAAAGCCUCAGUGCAGUUUGUGGACUAUAACAAGCGCCAGAUGAGCCGUAUUUACCCCAAGGGCACGCGCGUGGACUCCUCCAACUACAUGCCCCAGAUGUUCUGGAAUGCUGGUUGCCAGAUGGUUGCCCUCAACUUCCAGACGAUGGACCUGCCCAUGCAGCAGAAUAUGGCGUUGUUUGAGUUCAAUGGGCAGAGCGGCUACCUUCUCAAGCAUGAUUUUAUGCGCCGGCCAGACAAGCAGUUCAACCCCUUCUCAGUGGACCGCAUCGACGUGGUGGUUGCCACCACUCUGUCCAUUACGGUGAUCUCUGGCCAGUUCCUGUCCGACCGCAGUGUGCGCACGUAUGUGGAAGUAGAGCUGUUCGGCCUUCCUGGGGACCCCAAGAGGCGUUACCGCACCAAGCUGUCACCCAGUCCCAACUCCAUCAACCCUGUUUGGAAAGAGGAUCCUUUUGUCUUUGAGAAGAUCAUGAUGCCUGAGCUGGCCUCCCUCAGGGUAGCUGUGAUGGAAGAGAACAACAAGUUUCUUGGGCACCGCAUCAUCCCCAUCAAUGCACUGAACUCAGGAUACCAUCAUCUGUGCCUGCGCAGUGAGAGCAACAUGCCCCUUACUAUGCCUGCUCUAUUUGUCUUCCUGGAGAUGAAGGACUAUGUGCCUGACACCUGGGCAGAUCUCACUGUGGCCCUGGCCAACCCCAUCAAGUUCUUCAGUGCCCAUGAUAAGAAGUCUGUGAAGCUCAAAGAGGCCAUGGGAGGAGGUCUGCCUGAGAAGCCCUUCCCACCCAAGAGCCCAGUCGCUGGCCAGAUCAAUGGGGCCUCAGGUCCAACAAGCAAUGGGUCGGCAGCUGCUGGGACCAGGACCAAAGAAGAGACCUUGAAAGAAGCUGCAGAGCCGCAGACCGCCAGUCUCCAGGAGCUGCGAGAGCUGAAGGGCAUCACGAAGCUGCAGCGGCGGCAGGAGAAGGAGCUCCGGGAGCUGGAGCGGCGGGGCGCACGGCGCUGGGAGGAGCUGCUGCAGCGGGGCGCGGCGCAGCUGGCUGGGCUCGGGCCUCCGGGCUGCGCGGGAAGCGGCCGCAAGCUCGGCUCCAGCAAGGGCUCGCGCAAGAAGAGAACGCUGCCCGGUGAAGAGGCAUCAGGCGAGGGUUCCGAGGGCGCAGAUGCUCGCGUGCGGGAGCUGAAGGAGAAGCUGGAACUGGAGCUGCUGCAGCAGGGCGAGGAACAGUACGAGUGCAUUCUGAAGCGCAAGGAGCAGAACAUGGCAGAGCAAAUUGCCAAGAUGAUAGAGCUUGCCCGAGAGAAACAAGCCGCAGAGCUGAAGGCCCUCAAGGAGACCUCUGAAAAUGACACCAAAGAGAUGAAGAAAAAACUGGAGACCAAAAGGAUAGAGCGGAUCCAGGCCAUGGUCAAGGUCACUACAGACAAAAUGGCCCAGGAGAGGUUGAAAAGAGAGAUUAACAGCUCCCACAUCCAGGAAGUGGUGCAAGUCAUCAAACAGAUGACAGAGACACUAGAGAAGCACCAGGAGAAGCUUGAGGAGAAGCAGGCAGCCUGCCUGGAACAGAUCCGGGAGAUGGAAAAGCAGUUCCAGCAGGAGGCGCUGAAGGAAUACGAGGCCAAGAUGAAGGGCCUGGAGGCUGAAGUGAAAGAAUCCGUGAGGGCCUGCCUCCGAGGCUGCCUCCCUUCUGAGGCUCAAGGCAGGCCUGAGAAUCCCUCCAGGGCCGACCCUGAGCUGAGGGACAAGGACCCACUCCCAGCAGAUGUCCACGACAGCCGCCUUUAA